GUAACAGAAAUCGAAUUCAGAUCUUACUCUCUCAUUCUUUUCUUACUAAAAAACAAAAAAGAAAAAAGGUUCCGUUUUCUCUCUCUCUGACCGCCUUGAAUCAGCCGAACCGAGCCAUUGCAGAGGCGGAGACAGUUGAUCCGCCGCCGAAAUAUGAGUAUGAGGGCGGAGUUUGUAGUGUUUGGGUGGUUGCUCCUGCUGGUCUAUGCAGCCCGUGCUCAGAUUUCGAUUCCGGCGAAGCAAAUUGGGUUCUGGUUCGAGAAUAGAACCGCCGGGACUGAAUCCGUUUUGAUCGAGGGGUUCAUGGACCCGGUCUGCCCCGACAGCCGAGAUUCGUGGCCUCCCCUCCGACAAGCCCUCCAUCACUACGGUUCUCGCAUCUCUCUCGCCGUCUACCCCUUCCCUUUGCCUUACCAUGAUAACUCGUUUCUUUGCUCCCGAGCUUUGCAUAUUGUCAAUAAGUUAAACGCUUCUGCAACAUACAAGCUGUUGGAGUAUUUCUUUGAUUCCCAGGAGGAGCUUUACAACAAAGCAACCUUCAACUUGUCUAGAGAAGCUGUUGUUGCUCAAGUCUCUAGGAUUGCAGCUCAGGCUGUUGGGCUUUCAUCAUAUGAUGAAAUUGAAUCUGGGUUUAGCGACCCCACAUCUGAUCGGGCGACAAGAUUUUCCUUCAAGUAUGGUUGCCUCAAGGGGGUUUAUGGUACACCUUUUUUCUUUGUGAACGGCUUUCCAUUGCCGGAUGCUGGCUCGGCUUUAACGUUUGAAGAUUGGGAACGCAUCAUCGAUCCACUGGUGAGCGAACCUAAGACAAUGGGGCAACCUGCACAUUACUUAUUGUGAAUUCUUAAUAUUCUCAAUCAAUGUGCAUAUCUAUCCUUUCUUGUGUCAUUUUUCUUUCCAUGAAUCUUCCCUAGUCGUGUGUUUUGUUUUGUAAUGAAGUUGAACCAAGCGGUAAAAGAAUCUUAAAACAAUUUCAACUGCUGUUAAAUAAAUGUUUGGUAAACCAAAAAAAACCAAGUUUCCCC